UGAAAUAAUGUUUGAUAAUGUAUUAAUUUUACACCGAAAGUCGUUUACGCGAUAUAAAUAUCAAAGAUCGGCUAGUUGUAGAAUCUUUGGAAAUGUGUUUGUAACGGUUUUCAGCACAGAAAUUCAAAAAAAUACAUAAAUUUCUUCUCACUGACAACUUUUCACUGUCAAAAUCAAAAUCGUCGUAUCUGCGAAUCGUCGUUACUCGAGGGGGUCGUAACUCGGGGGACGCCUGUAAUACAAAACACAAAUAGCUAAAACCACUUUUCCUGUGUGCAGCUACGUAAGCGGCUUUCGCAAAUGCGACAAUCGCUCUGCCGCCUACAGUAAACAGUGUUACACCCAGUCCGUGUGAACUCAAUCCAACGCAAGUCAAAUACAGGCGGUCCCCGACAUACACGGUUAAUUGGGACCAAAAAUGGACGCAAAAUACCGCGCAUCUCGAAUUUCUGCGUAUGUCAAAUCUCGUAAUUUCCAGCCAAAAUAUCAAGAACGUUCGUGUAAAUUUGCAAAAUUAGUUGGCAUUUUACAAUUGAUAUGUCAAGUCAGUACAAUUUAUUCAGAGAACUGUAAAAUUUGGAAGACCGAGUAUGUCGGGGACCGCCUGUAUAGUUUAAAGCAAUCCAAGGCCCAGCAGCUAUAAAGCUUUCGCCAUAAAAGCUUCUUCGUGCACGCACUCACGCAACUGUCAGUCGGAUGUAAAUAAACAACCGCCAGCCGGUUACAUCAAAGCGGCAUUUGCUCUCCACUAAUUUUCCUGCGAGUUCGAUAGAAAAAAAAAACCCUUUGAUGUUGGCUAGCACACGAACAUUUCAGCUCAAGGCAAGACUCAAACCAUUGCUCCGACAGCCUGCACGAUGGUACACAGAGCGAAACAUUUUAAAGCUGAGAGACCGCGGUUUCAUACAGGACGUUUUCCCAGCGGAAACGAUCGAUAAAGCCAGCUCGAUGUUAGGCUCCACCUGCCAGACAGUGUAUGCCGGGUUCGAUCCAACCGCCAACAGUCUGCACGUGGGCAAUCUUCUGGUGCUGAUCGGGCUGUUGCACACGCAGCGUGCUGGCCACCAACCGAUCGCACUGGUGGGCGGCGCUACCGGGCUGAUCGGAGACCCUUCCGGCCGCAAAACCGAGCGACAGCAGCUCGAAACGGAAGCUGUAGAGCACAACGUGGCGUGCAUCAGGCGGCAAAUAGAGGCGAUUUUCGCAAACCACGAGCGCUUCUUCUGGGACCGUCCGAGUCCGCUGAAACCGGUGCUAGUGGUGAACAAUGCGGACUGGUACCGGCAGUACAGCUUCGUCGAUUUCAUGGCGAACGUCGGCCGCCACUUCCGGAUGGGAGCGAUGCUUUCGCGCUCCUCCGUCCAGACCCGCCUGACGAGCGAAUCCGGCAUGAGCUUUACCGAGUUUUCCUACCAGCUGUUCCAGGCGUACGAUUGGUUGCAUCUGCUGCGCCAGCACAACUGCCGGUUUCAGCUCGGCGGCUCGGACCAGAUGGGCAACAUCAUGUCCGGCCAGGAGCUGAUCAGCCGCACGGACGGGAAGGAAGUGUUCGGGCUGACGCUGCCCCUCAUCACCAACGAGGAGGGCGACAAGUUCGGCAAGUCGGCGGGCAAUGCGGUGUGGCUGUCGGACGACCGCACCUCGCCGUAUGCGAUGUACCAGUUCUUCGUCCGCACGCCCGACGCGGAGGUGGAGAAGCUACUGCGAUUGCUCACCUUUCUGCCGGUGCAGACGAUCGAGCAGACGAUGGCGAGGCACCGGCGGACGCCGGAGCUGUGGGAGGCUCAGAAGCUGCUGGCCGGCGAGCUGACGAAGCUGGUGCACGGGGAAGCGGGCCUGCACAAGGCGCUGGCCAUCAGCCGGGCACUGUACAACGGCGACCUUUCCACGCUCGAGCAGCUGGAGGUGCGGGACGUGGCGCAAUGCUUUGGCGGGGCGCCACUGUGCGAGAUACUGCCCGAGCCGGGCAUGACGGUGCUGGAUGUGGCGUUGCGGGCCCGCUGCUUUCCCAGCCGGGCGGAUGCGGAACGGAUUAUCGGUGCCGGCGGGUUCAGCAUCAAUCUGAAGAAGGCCAAAAAUCCGGCCGAGGUGCUGUCACCCUCAGUGCACAUCCUGUCCAACCGGAUAUCGCUGCUGCGGGUUGGGAAGCGAAACUAUUACAUCGUCAAAUGGUUGCUGUAGAUCAGUGGAAGCAAUAAAGGAAGAAAUUGAAGCGCCAUAUGGAAACGGUCUCAUGUCGGAUGUGCUGUAGAUCCUAAUUUAGAAGCUUAUUUCUAUGAAUAAAAAAACACAUGAGCCGGAGGAAA